CAUCUUCAUUCCCUGCCCACAGAGAAGAAGCAGAGUUUCGAAUAUCUCCAGUGAUCCGUCUCAUUGUUCGUCAGCGCUGAUCGUCCUCUUGCUAAUCUGCUGUUUCCAGUUCACUUGCAGAACCACUAUGGAAUAUACCCUGCUCAGCGCUGCUGAGUUAAUAGACGCAGUUGUCGUCUAUUUGCUAGGAGUUAUAUGUUCGGUGACCAUACCUAGCGUGUUCUUCCUAUGCAUGGCUCAACGACCAAUCAGUAGCCAUUCCUCUGUGGGACAUUACAUAUUCUCUGACCGCGGUGGAGAAGCGGAGUCGAAUAUCGCUAGUGAUUUGUGUCAUUGCUCAUUUGCGCUGAACGUCUUCUUGCUACUUUUGUUAUUCCCACUUCACCUGCAGAAACGUUAACAUGUAACUUCCAAUCAGUACCCAGCUCGACUUUGCUAUUAAUAGACGCAGUCAUCAUCGUAUAUCGUAUAGUUAUACGUCUGGCGACCGUUGUUCGUUCUAC